AUGCUACGUGAAAGAUUCAUCCUCAAUUUAACGCUAUCAAAUCUGCUGUUCACGUUUGGACUUCCAUUCUGGGCCUCGUACUACAUCUGGGGUUGGACGUUUGGAGAGAUUGGCUGUAAAGCGGUGACGUUUCUGUUCGAUGUUGGCUUUUACAGCAGUGUGUUGUUCUUGACUCUCAUGACCGUUCAGUGUUACAUGUUAGUGGUUCAUCCUCUGUCUGACUGGGAGAAAUGCAGAGGAUUUUCUGCCGCUCCAAUUAUCAUUUGGAUCCUGAGCGGAGCAGUUUCACUGCCCAAUUCACUUUAUAGCAAAGUUACACAUUAUUCUGAUAAUACAUACUGUGAAUAUGACAGUGUUGAAGUGAAAUCUGGCAUUGCUUAUUUUCAAAAUGCUUUCUUCUUCAUUGCAUUUCUAAUCAUGGGUUUUUGCUGUGGCAGAAUGCUUUGGUCCAUAACAAAAUCACAGACCAAUGAGAAAAACAAGACUGUUAGACUAACAUUUGUUAUUGCACUGGUGUUUUUUAUUGGUUGGGCUCCAUAUAACAUUGUUAUGUUCUUAAUUACUUUGACUGACUUCACAGACUGUAGAGUAAUCAUUAGAGUCUACUAUGCAUAUGUUAUUUGCCGAAUGUUAGCUUUCUCUCACUGUUGCUUGAACCCUCUGUUUUACGUUUUUGUAGAUGUAAAGUUCAGGAAUCAUCUAAAAAUGAUUCUGCAGAAGAUCUUUAAAAAAUAAUAAUAAUAAAACUCAAUCAAGCCAGAUUGGGACAAAAAAUGUUCAAUGAGAAAAUGAACCAACGAUGAGUUUUAAGAUACAGUGUGAAUGAUGUACAUAGAGAUUCUGUUUAGCUAGUGCUGAUUAUUUGAAAAUUCAUCAAGCACAGCAGAUAUAAUUACAAUCGUUUUGAAAAGCUUCUGCUGAUAUAAUUACAAUUAUUUCAUAUGGAUGAUUAAAAUUUUUUAAAUGCUGCCACUGUGCAGGAAAAUUCCUCUCUCUAAUUUACACAUUUCAAUUUAAUUCACAUUUGCUUGUAUAGCGCUUUUCACUAUACUUAUUGUUUCAAAGCAGUUUUACAGAAAAUGCAUGUUUCUUCAAUUUCGAGUGAUCUGUUAUCAGAGGUGAUGGUGUCCAAGUAAUAUCCAUACUUCAGAAAUGUACAGUUCUAAUAUAUUACAAAUCAUGCAGUUAGCUAACAUCAUGUAUUCAUUUAGGCAGAAACAAUGAGCUCAUUAAAGCAAUUAUUACAAGUUGUGAUCAUAAUUAUCACAAUAUAUAGAAAUUUGUCAGUUGUGUAUGUUGAUUCAGAGUCUCUCUAUCAAGCAGCAAAAGCAUUCAGAGAAAAUCAUGUUAUAAAUUCUAACCGUUCUUCUUCUUCCUUUUUCUGGGCGUUUGUAACUUCAGCCCUCAAGUUGUGGAAUUCACUUUCAUUCUCUGUCAGAUUGUAUGAGUGUGACUUGUUGAUUUUAAGGCGCUUUUUGUUUUUUUCUCUCUCUUUUGCUUUUUUUUUUAAGUAAGCGACAAAUGUUCAAGUGCUGUCAUUGAUAUUUUCAUAUGAAAUUAAAAUAUAUUUAUACCUUC